AGUUUAUAAGAUUUUAAUUUUCUCUUAAAUGUGAUUCUAUCUUUAUUUCUAUUGUUUGUUUGAUUCUUUCCUUAAAAUCCAUCAUUCAUGUUCCAGGGUCCUCCACGAUCUUAAAAACGUUGAACUUCUUUAGUGUUUUUAACAAUACGUGACAUCUGCGUAAAAUAUAUAAAAGUUAAAGUAAAGUCGAGAUUCUUUCAACAUUAAAUCUAUAGAAAUGUAUGAUUAUUUCAACAGUCAAAGGAGAACCGUGCAUGCGCGCAGCGCUGGGUUGCCAUUUAGACAAAACCCCCCUUUGAGCCUUUCAGGUCUGGCGGGAUAAGACGGGGCUGAUCGGGGGGGUCAGGAGGAAGAUGCAGGUAAAUCAUCCACCUGUUCAUCUUCAUAUGACUGUGGCGGGGGGGGGGUGUCUCUCCUCCAUAAGGGAUCAUCCCUCCCGCCAUCCUCCGCACUUCACGCCUCAUGGCAUCCCGCCUUAAAGCCACAGAGCGGCUCAGAUGAAGGCUGAUGCUGCUGUUCCAGCUCCUCCUCUUCCUCAGCUCUUCGUCAGUCAGUCAGUCAGACAGACCCGCAGCUCACGCAGAUUCCCGCAGCAGCGGCGCUGUGGAGCUGUGCGUGAUGCUGGCAGCCUCAGCCCCGAGCAGACGCGCUGCUGUGCGUGACGCUGCGGGGUUCUGAGGAGGAGCCGAGUCUCCCCAGACUCAAGCGACUGCGGGUCUCUCUGAUCCGCAGCGGGACUGCGCGGCUGUGCGGAGGACAUGCGGGUCAGCCGCACCGCAGCGCCGCUCUGAACCCCCGCAGAGGAGCGUCUGCCGUCAGCUCAUCUGGAUGGAAACAUGGACUCCUUCAGCCGAGGCUCUCUGACUCACCAUGUCCAGGAGCUGUGAGCCUGGUCAGUCAGUAGGGAUGCUGGCCGCCGUGGAACACGGUUCCCUCCUCUGCAGUGACUCCAACAUCCUCUGCCUGUCGUGGAAAGGCCGCGUCCCCAAGAGCGAGAAGGACAAGCCCGUGUGCCGUAGACGCUACUACGAGGAGGGCUGGCUCGCCACCGGGAACGGCAGGGGAGUGGUUGGAGUGACGUUCACGUCCAGUCACUGCAGGAGGGACAGAAGCACGCCUCAGAGGAUCAACUUUAACCUGCGAGGACACAACAGCGAGGUGGUCUUGGUGCGCUGGAACGAGCCUUUCCAGAAGCUGGCCACCUGCGACAUGGAAGGAGGAAUAUUUGUUUGGAUCCAGUACGAAGGGAGAUGGUCGGUGGAGCUGGUGAAUGACCGAGGAGCUCAGGUGAGCGACUUCACCUGGUCACAUGAUGGUACUCAGGCCCUCAUUGCGUACAGAGACGGCUUUGUGUUAGUGGGCUCGGUGAGCGGACAAAGACACUGGUCCUCUGAGAUCAACUUGGAGAGUCAGAUCACCUGUGGCAUCUGGACUCCUGACGACCAGCAGGUGUUGUUCGGGACUGCAGACGGUCAGGUGAUUGUGAUGGACUGUCAUGGACGAAUGCUGGCUCAUGUUCUACUGCACGAGUCAGAUGGGAUUGUGAGCAUGUCGUGGAACUGUCCAGACUUCUUGUUGGAGGACAGCACAGAGAGUGACACGGACACUGAAGACGUUCUCCCUCAAGUGCGUAGGGUCAAGCCGGUGUUGACCGUCACCUUCCUGUCAGGAGACAUAAGUUUGAUGAACAACUACGACGACUUGUCUCCUGUGAUAAUUCGAUCAGGACUCAAAGAUGUGGAGGCGCAGUGGUGCUCGCAGGGAGACCUCCUGGCUGUGGCCGGCAUGGAAAGACACAGACUUCCGUCUGACUCCACCUGUGCUUCCAUCACAAGGAACGCUCUUGUCAAGUUCUACAAUGUCCAAGGAGAACACAUCUACACUCUGGAAACACCUGCACAGAGGCCAAUUACCACCAUCUGUUGGGGCCACCGAGACUCUCGCCUCUUCCUGGCUUGUGGAUCGGCGCUCUAUGUGGUCCGUGUGGAGCACAGGGUGGCCAGUCUUCAGCUCCUGUGCCAGCAGGGCAUCGCCAGCGCCCUGCGGGAGGAGAAGGACGUGGGGAAGCUGAACAUGCCCUCCCUGCUGUGCUCCUACGUCACCACGGCUUUCAUCCCCACCAUUAAGCCUCCGAUCCCUGACCCCAACAACAUCCGGGACUUUGUCAGCUACCCCACAACUGGAAACGAGCGUCUGCACUGCACCAUGAAGCGAGCAGAGGACAGCCCUGAGGCGGGCGGUCCCUGCUACAUGCUGUACCUGGAGUAUUUAGGAGGACUCGUGCCCAUUCUCAAGGGGCGGCGCAUCAGUAAACUCCGGCCCGAGUUCGUCAUUAUGGAUCCAAAAACCGAUAGCAAAGCAGAAGAGGUGUGUGUGAACCCCAUGAUCUCCUACGCCGACAGCUGCAACUGCUCCGACUCCAGCGACAUCGACCUGAGCGAUGAGUGGGUCGGAAAGAAGUCGCCGAAGUUAUCCCGAGGAAACAGGUUGAACAUGGAAUCCAGGAAAUCUCCCAAACUUUCACGGGCCAAUCACGAGGGCCAGCGGUCGCCACGGUUACCAACCCGGAAGCCUCCGGUCCGAUCGCCAAGUCUCUCACGAAGAGAGUUUGGGAUGGACGGGAUCACGGAGCACAACUAUCUUGCUCAAGUCACAUCCAACAUUUGGGGAACCAAGUUCAAAAUUGUUGGGCUUGCCUCUUUCCUCCCAACCAACCUUGGUGCAGUCAUCUACAAGACCAGCCUGCUUCAUCUGCAACCACGACAGAUGACCAUCUACCUGCCAGAGGUCCGGAAGAUCUCUCAUGACUUCAUGAGCCUCCCCGUGUUCAACCCCAGCGUCUUCAGCGAGGAUGAGGAUGAUCUGCCAGUAAUGGGGCCUUCCGGAGUGUCGGCAGACAACCCCCCAUGCACGGCCAACAUUCCCAUCGCCCCCAUCCACAGCCCGGCACAGGCAAUGUCUCCAACUCAGAGUAUCGGCCUGGUCCAGUCUCUUCUAGCCAAUCAGAACAUUCAGCUUGACGUUUUGACCAAUCCAACAGCCACAGCUGCAGCCGCCGCCGCUUCCACUCCGGUGUCGGAUCACGGCCGGGAUUCAGGCGCAUCCCCGUAUCCGGUACCCAGCAGAUACUCUGCUCCCAAUCAGCAGCAGCACCAGCAGAUGCAGAGGCAGCACCAGCAGAUGCAGCAGCAGCUGAAGCUGCAGAUGGCGCUGCCUCCCGCUCCUUCCGGAUACCCCACCAUCUCCCUGCAGCAGCUGCAUCUGCUGCCUCAGCUUCCCCCGCCGGCGUCCGAGCCCCGGCUCAGCCACACGCUGAAGCCUGGCCUGCCGCGGACGCUGCCCCCCUCCUUCAGUGACUCGGACGGGUCUGUGGAAACCCAGCUGAGGAAGGCAAACCCCCCCCCUCCAUAUCCGGGGACAGUGGUCUCUGCCGUGGCGGCGGUCCCUGCACCGCCACAAACGCUGGUCACAAACUGCGACAGCUCCAGCGUUCUGGCUGCUGACCCCUGCCUGAAGAAAGACGACUUCCUGCUGCAUCCGGUCACUCUGCAGUAUCCCACGCCUCUGGGGUACGAGAGAAUCACCACCUUUGACAGCAGCGGCAACGUGGAGGAGGUCUGUCGGCCACGGCGGCGCCUCCUUCGCAACCAGAAUGCAUACGCCGUCCACGGCAUAGGGGGCUCAGCCACGCUCAAGGUCACGUCCUCCGACAGCAAAAAGGUCCAGCUGCCCUACAGCUCAGCAACACUCAGCCGGCUGUCCGUCCCUCGCUAUUCCAUACCAAGUGGAGACCCCCCUCCAUACCCGGAGCCGCCAGCCCAGGUGACGGCCACUCUCCCCCCUCCCCAGAGAAUGGACAGCGGUCUCAUUCACGCAACUCUGUGUCGAGAGCGCAGAGACAUGGGACUCAAAGUGCCCCCGAUGACGGAAAGCUCCAGAACUCUUCCCACAAAGGCCAAAAUGAACAGCGCACUGCCUCUGUCCUACCAGCAGAGGGCGCCCCCCGCCCUGUACACAUGCACCCAGUGUAGCAGCAACAGCACCAGCGUCAGCGUGAGCGGGGGAGGCCCGACCAGUAGCGGCAUCGCGGGGGGCACGGUGGUGAGGCAGGAUUUCCCCCCUGGGAAAGGCGCCCACCACAGCACCAUCAUAGUUCACUCCAAAAGCUCCUCCCCUUUGGCGUCCCAGUCAUCCUACAGCCUCCUAGGAGGCGUGGACAACAGCCAGGACAGAACGGUGUACAUCAACUCCGCCUUCACCGAAGACGAGACCCUGAACCCUCAGAGUCACCUGGAUAAGUCUGUUCGCCAGCUGACUCUGGGUGACGUCAACCUGACAGCCAAACGGCCCCCGCCCUAUCAGUGGGACUCCUCCACCACGGAGGACUUGUGGCUUCCUCAGGAGAAGGUGAUGCUGGCUCCACCUCCAGGUUCUCACAAAGCCCCUCAGCUGCUCAUCAGCCAGGCUCAGCACCUGGAUGUGGCCCGCAUCCCUUUUCUGCUCGCCACCAAACCCCCCAGCAGCCUGAGCGGCAGCACACUCACCUUCCCGUCAGGGUACCAGAUCGCUCUCUCGCCCUUCCCCCAGAGCGUGGCUCACAACGGAGGUCUUCAGCCCCCGCAGUGCUCCCCAAAUGACGUGGUCUCGUUUGCUCAGCAGGACCCCACAGUGCUCCUCCCUCCCGGAUACCCCCCAAACCUGUCCGGCUUGGCGUGCUGCCCCCUCCCCCCCCUGUAUCCAGGAGCCAGCUCAUGCGCCAGCAUUCAGCUGCACCCGGUCAGCCUGCACCCCUGGAACCCCUACCCGCCCCCACUCCAAGACCCUCCUGCGCCGCCCCUACCGACCAAAGCUCACCAAGUGUCGGAGAAGGCCGUCCUGUCUCCUCCCCCCCCCACCGCUCCUCCUCCUCCUCCUCCUCCUCUGCCACCCCCUCCGCCACCCACAGAUCUGCCGUCCUCCAAAAGUGCCGGCGAAGAUCUAGCGGAGUCCUCCAACAGCUUCCCAUCGUCCCUAAACGACAGUCCAGUGCAGCAAGAGGCGGAGCCCUACAACAAGAAGAGCCGGCGGAGGCUGGACAGCCGGGUGGAGGAGGCCAACAUGUCCGACAGCAGAUCCCGAAAGGAGGGGCGGGGCCUCUCUGACUUCAACACGCUCAUUUCCAGCCCCAGACUGGGCAGCAGGGAGAAGAAGAAGCCCAAAGGGCAGCGUGAGCAGCCCAGCAAGGCCAAGAAGGUGAGCAGAACCGCCACCGAGUUUCAGGACAGCUCGGAGAGCGAGCCCGAGCUGUUCAUCAGCGGAGAUGAGCUGAUGAACCAGAACCAGAGCAGCAAGAAGAGCUGGAAAAACAAACGGAGCCAGCGCAUGGCCAGCGAGCUGGAGGAGAUCAAGAGCCGCAAGGCCAACGAGCGCGAGGACCGCAGUCUGGGCAGCCAAGGCUUUCUGUACGUGAUGGCCAACAAGCAGCCUCUGUGGAACGAGGCCACGCAGGUGUACCAGCUGGACUUUGGGGGCCGGGUCACCCAGGAGUCAGCCAAGAACUUCCAGAUAGAGCUGGACGGCAGACAGGUGAUGCAGUUCGGGCGGAUAGACGGGAACGCGUACAUCCUGGACUUCCAGUACCCCUUCUCGGCGGUGCAGGCGUUCGCCGUGGCACUGGCUAACGUGACGCAGAGGCUGAAGUGACGGCGCACGUUCCCGGUCUCGGACAGGACUUUAUUUAAAGGAGGAAUAAUGUUCAGUCAGAAUGACGGCGAGGUUGGCCGCUCCUCACCAUCAACCUGCUUUAUUUCCUUUCAUUUUCAGUUCCUCAGUCUGUCAUUCUCUGUUCACUUCAUUUCAUUUUUAUACUUUCUGUUUUGGAUCUUUUAUAUUUCAGUGACCCUUCUCCUUUCUAUUGCAUUCACAUUGUUGCGUUCCAUCAGCUCUUUUUAAACAUCUUUUGAUCUUUUUUUCCUUUGAUCCUCUUCAUCUGUUUCAGAGUUCAUGUUUCAGGAACAUCUUUCUGAUCACGCCCUUUUCUUUUUUUCAUCUUUUGGGUUCAUUUUUCCACUUUUUCUUGCUGAUUGACUUUCAGCAGACAUCGUCUAGCAAUGGACUGAAGCAUUCAUGUGAUGUCUGAGGAACACAGCUGCUGUUUCAUAGUGAUGGUUUGUACUUCUGUCUGUGGUAUAGAGUCAUGCUUUGGAAAUGCUGCGUAAUGCAAGGCGGAUUUUCCUCCUGAAGCUGCUUCUGGAGGUGAAGUGCUGCUUUAGUCAUCGCUGGGGUUCCUGGAACCUUCUUCAGAUCCGGUUCAUGUCCUCAUGUCAGGGCUUUGUACUUCUGCUCGGUAAUGGUCUUUCUGCAGAUCCGUCUGCAGCGUCAGCAACGUCUGGAACGUCUGAGCGUCUGCAGUGUCUGCAGCAACUGCGACCUCUGCAGUGUCUGCAGUGACUGCAGUGUCUGCAACGUCUGCACCAACUGCAGCACCUGAGCGUCUGCACCAACUGCAGCACCUGAGCGUCUGCACCAACUGCAGCGUCUGAGCGUCUGCAACGUCUGCAGCGACUGCAGUAACUGCAACGUCUGCAGCGUCUGCAACGUCUGCACCAACUGCAGCGUCUGAGUGUCUGCAACGUCUGCAGCGUCCGCAGUGACUGCAGUGUCUCAGCGACUGCAGCGUCUGCAAUGUCUGCACCAACUGCAGCGUCUGAGCAUCUGCAACGUCUGCUGUGACUUCAGUGACUGCAGUGUCUGAGCGACUGCAGCGACUGCAACGUCUGCAGAACGGGCCUGCAGACUGAUCACAAUGUAAUAAAAUCUGUGGAUCUGCUGCUUCUGUUUCAUGCUUUAUUGGAAUGUGUUUGCUCUUCACAUUUUCAGCAGAAAGAUCUCUUCUUUCAGAGAACACAAACAGGACAGUAAAGUAUUUGGAUACACAGUACAAUGGUUUAUGAAAGGGUCAAACAGGAGCUGUUACAUAACAGUGAUGCCUUCCUCCAUCGUUUGAAGGGUGACCAAUCUUAAACCAACUCUUUUUGUCUGUUGACCUCUAUAAACGGAGCUUUUAAAGUGCUAUCUGUUGCCACAUUUUUGACUAAUUAAAAUUAACUUGUUUAAUUCCAGAAA